UAAGUCUACGAUCACAAAAGGCAUAGAAGAAGCGUGUAGGCGUUUGGAGGGCUUUUAUGGUUACAUAUUAUUAAGAAAAGGCAAAUGUUAUGUAUUUCGAUUGAAAAAACAACGCAGUAUAAUUCCUGGGUGUUUUGCUGCGAAUUACUUUGUUUAUUUUUGCGAACCUCAUUGAUAACAUUCAGUCCCGUGGUGGGGAAAUGAUUUGAUUCUCAAACAAUCAGGAGAGUCUGAGAGAUUCACCCAACUAUCACCUACAAACACCUUCGAGUCAUACAAUGCCCAACUUUUGUGUGGCAUAUGGUUGUGGAAAGUCAUAUCGGGACAAUGUUAGUAUGUUCAGAUUUCCCAAGGACCGUGAUGAGUUUCUAAAAUGGGAGAAGCAGGUACAAAGAACCCGCAACAAAUGGGUCGCAAAGACAUACUCUUUCUUGUGCUCUGAACAUUUCAGCAAGGGCUGUUUCGAGCCCAGACCCACCACAGUCAAUAAGACUAUGGGCUCUAGAGGGCUCAAGCUGAAGGAAGGUGCCAUUCCAACAAUUUUUAUCCGACCACCUUGCACUAACUGUGGAGGUCACGGCACCACCUGCACAGCAUGCAGUCCAAAGGGGAAAACGCAAAGCACAGAUUCUCAGAAAAGGGACUCGGAAGAUUGGCCUCCUCUGAAUGCUGCAGAGAAACAGAAUGAAGCAAAUGAUGAAGAGAAUAAUGCACAGCUUAUGUCUGUUGGAGAUGGACAUGUCAGUCCCACAUUUGCCCCACUCUCUCCUUUGGAAUAUAUUGAUGAUACAGUUGUUUGUGAAAUGUGUGGCAUUUCUGGAACUCGGGGCAAUUUUUACUCCAGAUCUAAGCGCUUCUGCAGUCCAUCCUGUUCACGCUCCUUCUCAUCUAAUUCAAAAAAAUCUUCCAUAUUAGCACGAUUACAGGGAAGGCCUCUUCGGAAAUCUUAUGCACCACAGACCAAUUCUUAUUCUCAGGCAGAAGUAACAGAACGUCAUAGCAGCACGGCUUUCAGGAAAGAUGCCAAUUCUGGUUUUAACUGGGGCUCUCACCUUGAGAAACACAGCUGUCUUGCUGCCCCAGUGUCCUGCUUCAGACAUGUGCCACUCUGUGCUCAGUGGGAGGACAUUGAGGUGGGAUUGCAGGUGGAGGUCCUGAAUACUCGCACUGCUUUGCUGACCAAGGUUUACUGGAUUGCCACAGUCAUUCGACUUGCUGGUUACAAGGCCCUGUUACGAUACAUUGGUUUUGAAGAAGAUGGUAGUUAUGAUUUUUGGUGCAACCUGGGAAUCGCUGAUGUCCAUCCUAUUGGCUGGUGUGCAGUGAACAGCAAACUACUUGUUCCUCCUCAAGAAAUUAACAAACGUAUAAGCGAUUGGAAACCAUACUUGAGGCAGAAACUUGUAGGAGCAUCUACAAUACCUGUGGAUUUUCAUGUUAUGAUGGCUGAUAGUAUGAAGUGUCCCUUCAGGCAGGGGGUCCGUGUAGAGGUAGUAGAUCGCUCUCUGGUCAGCCGAACCCGUACAGCAGUGGUAGACACUGUGAUUGGGGGCCGUCUAAGGCUUAUAUAUGAAGAUGCAGGACUUGGAGCUUCAGGGGAGGUGCUCUCAGAUUUCUGGUGUCACAUGCUGAGUCCCCUUAUACACCCAAUAAACUGGUCAGUUAGAGUGGGUCACCUCAUUAAGGAGACAGAUAAGUCUGUUGAUAUGAGCAGUCAUCCAGCGUUCCGUAAGGUUCUUUGUGAUAGCGUGCAAAGUCAGUUCAAAAAGUUAAGGACUGUUUAUAUGGAAGGAGGCUUUUUCAAGGAGGGCAUGAAGCUGGAGGCCAUCGAUCCUCUGAACCUGGGGAACAUCUGUGUAGCUUCCGUUCGAAAGGUGCUCUUUGAUGGCUAUCUCAUGGUUAGUAUUGACGGUGUGGAGACUGGAGACGGCUCUGACUGGUUUUGUUAUCAUGCAAGCUCACAUGCCAUCUUACCUACAGGAUACUGCAGGAGCAAUGACAUACCCCUUACUCUGCCCCCUGGAUAUGACCAGGCAACCUUCACAUGGACAAAAUAUUUGAAAGAAAUGGGAGCAGAGGCUGCACCACGGAGACUAUUUAACACAGAUGUUGUAGAACACGGGUUUGCCCCAGGCAUGAAGCUGGAGGCAGUGGACCUAAUGGAGCCUCUGCUGGUGUGUGUGGCCACUGUGCAGCGCUGUGUGGGUCGCUUGCUUUUGCUGCACUUUGAUGGCUGGGAGUCAGAGUUUGAUCAGUGGGUGGAUUGUGAAUCGCCUGACAUCUACCCUGUGGGCUGGUGUGAACUCACUGGAUAUCAGCUUCAGCCCCCAAUUGGCCCAGAACCACAGGAACGUACAAGCAAAAAAACAGUGGGUAAAAAGAAGAGAAAAUAUAUAAAGAGGAAAACAAGUGAUGACUCAUCAAAAACAUCAGCCCAUGAGAAAGAUCUUGAGGCAGAGAACCAGCCUGAACCUACUCAGCCCCAAGUGCUUCCAGUUCUGCUUGCAGACACGACCCUGCAGCCUGUGAACUUGCCAAUCAUAACUUUAAAAACUGAGCCAGAGGAAGAGAUUAUUUCCUUUAAAGUGAAAGUGGAGGAGAUGGAGAUGGAAACCCCUAUUAACCCUGACCUGGAAGGCAAUAAAAGCACUGAAUUCCACACUCCUUCACCUUCUUUACUGAAAAAAGAAAGUCUAGAGUGAAUCACCAGACUCUAGUGUGCAUGGAUUUGCCGAUUACAUCAAUAAAGCUAUGUACCAUUA